GCACGCGCAGGAUUCACUAGGGCGCAGGAGCCGGGGGACCUGCGCAGGCUUGGCUGCGCCCUCUCGCGCCGCACGCUCCGCGGGUUCCUCCCUCCUUCCGAGCCUCUACCCGGGCCGCCGCGCGGGAGAGAGGCCGAGAUGGCAGAUGAGAUUGCCAAGGCUCAGGUCGCUCGGCCUGGUGGCGACACGAUCUUCGGGAAGAUCAUCCGCAAGGAAAUACCAGCCAAAAUCAUUUUUGAGGAUGACCAGUGCCUUGCUUUCCACGACAUUUCCCCUCAAGCACCAACACAUUUUCUGGUGAUACCCAAGAAACAUAUAUCCCAGAUUUCUGCAGCAGAAGAUGAUGAUGAAAGUCUUCUUGGACACCUAAUGAUUGUUGGCAAGAAAUGUGCUGCUGAUCUGGGCCUGAAUAAGGGUUAUCGAAUGGUGGUGAAUGAAGGUUCAGAUGGUGGACAGUCUGUCUAUCACGUUCAUCUCCAUGUUCUUGGAGGUCGGCAGAUGCAUUGGCCUCCUGGUUAGGCAUGUUUUGGGGAUAAUAUUCUCUUCUCUAGGCAAUGAUUAAGUUAGGCAAGUUCCAGUAUGUUAAGUAACACACUUAUUUUUGCCUGUGUAUGGAGAGAUUCAAGAAAUAAUUUUAAAACCGCAUACAUAAUAAAAGACAUUGUUGCAUGGCUUAUAGUC